AUGGCUAAUCGUUUUCGACAAUUUCGUCUGCUCUUAUGGAAAAACUUUAUAUUACAGGUAAGCUUACGUUUAAACCUCCUUGUACUACUUUAGCUGCAAACUUGGACUAACAACCGAUCGAUUUUUGUUUCGUGUAUUAACUUUGUGCUGACUAAUUCUCUUCGUUCUAUUGAAGAUCCGCCGUCCGAUCGGAACUGUUUUCGAACUCCUGUUGCCUGUGCUUCUGGUCGCAGUAUUAAUUCUGCCAAAGUAAGCUGUAUUACUGUAACUUCGCCGUUAAGGACAAUAUGCAUACUAAUAUUACGUAAUGUUUUCAGCAUGAAGAAAUAUUUAUUAAUUUAUAUAGUCUCUCUAAAAGUAAACAAAGUUAGUUCAUUCAUCUUUUGGUAAAAGUAAAAGUAAAAGCGCUUGGCAAAUUAUUAGAGAACGCACGGAUUACCCGAAGCAACCCGUGCAAUUCAAUUCCCGUUAUUUCAGGUUUAAUAUUUGUGUGGUUUAUGCUGAAAAGUGCUUGUUGAAUUGCGUUAACUCUAAACAACAGACCAAUAUCGACAUUUUCCUCUGCUAAAGUGUGCAGUUCUACAUGUUCAUCUUACAGUCACCUCCAAGAUGGUCCUUCUGUCAUUUUCAUCAUUAAAUAACGAAAACACGGCCAGUAUUUUUGUAGUCUGAAUAAACUGUGUAGACUUUGAACAGUAGAUCAAUAUCCAACUGAGUUGAUAUUUGCAGUUUGUAUCUUGAGUCCACUAAGAUGAUAUUUACGCCACUUACAUUAAGCUUUUAAAUAAGCAUAAAAUUGAACAUAGUUUCACCACCAGAAACUCCCGAGACCUUGAUUCCUAUAUAAACAAUGCUAGAAGAUAAGAAGGCAACGAACAUUACGUAUCCUAUCGCCAGUACCUACAUUAAAUUUGGACAUAUAACCAAAUGCUGAUGUGCUAUUACAAAUUAUGAGGUAGUAAAUAAAUAAACACCAGGGCCAAGUUGUUUGAAGGCCAAUGUUGUAAUUUUAAUCCAGGUUUUUGUUUGAGUCUUAAGAUUUCAGCAGUUCUUGGUCGACAGGGGUAUUUUGCAGAAUGCUCACGCCAAAUACAGAACACCGAAUGACUCUGAGUUCAGUGAUUGGGGUUAGGAAACUGGGUGAAUCACGGUCCACUUUGGGUCAUUUAACUUGGAAAACAGACCUGAAACUUAAGGUGACUUGACCCAGUUUUUUUGGGGGGAGGUACCAUCCUACUUUGAAGCUCUCUGGUAUCCCUACCUUUACUUUUAUCGUACCGGUAAGUCUAACACACAGAAUGGAUAACAUAUAGAUCAAUCUACAAUAUGACAUAAAAUUUUUGGCGAUUGGAGUAGAUGUCACGUGGUUAUAAUGUCACGUUUAAGAGUCCUUCUUACGAAAAAAAGCAUUUUCUUAAAAAUUCGUAGUUUUUUUUCCUUCAAAUUUUUUCAGGGCCACAAUUGAUUAACUAACUACCCGGAUUCUGAAUUUCAUGGUCAUUGAAAAACUGUGACAUUAUCUUCUAUAAGCCCAAACUUGAGUAAACAUUGAAGAUUUUUAGUGUUUUGGCUGAGUUUGUGCUUUGGAAGUUGUCUAUUGUUUCUAGUCUGUCAUUAUACAGCAUUCUUGUACAGCAUAUGUGCAAUGACCAUGCUUGGCUGACUUCCGAAUGCUCACCGAGACAUUUACAAGGCCCUAAAGCUUUUUGCUGACUUGCAAGGACCCAUCUGUUAUAACGAUCCCCAAAAUAAAGGGAUAAGUCGCAUAGUUUAUUAGAUAUAAUCGUGUAAAGUUUGCUUAUCAUUUUUGCAUAAAUUAUGACCUAAAUUUGGAAACCGCUGAAUUUCUCGAAUUGAGUCUUUGCGAUUUUGGUGAAACUCUGUUCAGCGCAAGGCACUAAUGCGCACUAUGUGUAGCCGAGAGAUUUUCACGAAAAAAUGCCGGCAACAGCAGAUUUUCGACUCAGACCUCAAAGGGGCAUGGCAUUAUAACCAUGUGACAUUUACUCCGAUCGCCAAAAAUUUUAUGUUAUAUUGUAGAUUGAUCCUAACGAUGAAACUUCAGAGUCAUUCAGUGUUCUGCAGUUCAAGGAACACCAAAUGCAGGAUGCUGAAUGACUCUGAAGUUUAGUGAUUAGGGUUAGGAAACUGAGUGAAACAGGUUUCAUUUAGGGUCAUUUGUUAAUCUACUGGGAAAACUGACCUGACACUUGAUUCACUCAGUUUCCAAACCCUAAUCACCAAACUUCAGAGCCAUUCUAAGAUUUAUAAACUGUCAUUAAAUCUUUCACUUACGCAUUUAAGGGCUCAAAUUUCCUGUUAUGAAUUAAAAGAAAAAUUGAGUCCUGUAAUGCUUAAGGAAAUAUUUUAUGACAGUUUUAAAAAUUUCGAAAUUACAAGGGUCUGUAUGGAAAACCAUGCAAGCACGACUGGAUGUCAAAAGUUGUUUUUCUUAUACAAAUGGUUCUAACUUUCGGCAGCCAUUGCAAUCACUAGUUUUGAGAUAUACGGCUGAAAAUUCUCAGGUUACCUAAUUUUGACAUGCUCUUUAAACUUGUGCUAACAAAAUUCAACUGUUUUCGUGCUUUCCGAAUGUUGAUCACAUGAUCAAGUCAUGCAAAGAGCCUAUUCUGGAAUUUGAUUGGUUCUAUUUUCCUUGAAACCUGUCAAAGUUUAAAAAGGAUGUUUUUAGAAAAAAAUAUCACAUUCCUGUCAAAAACUUAACUGAUAAGUGCUAGUGAAGGCAGGAUCGUCAGUGUGUAAUGCCAAUAUCUAUAGCCUGUGUACAUGUAGCUGGAAGGGGGCAAGGGAAUAAGGCAGCUUUAUUAACGUCUUAAUUUUACUUUGCGUUAUUUUCCUCACUUAUACAUUGUCCGUGACUGUGCUCACAUGGUGGGUGGCUCCUCCUAAAAUGUUCUGUUUAGGCAUCCUACUGAUGAACAGUUGCGACACGUAGAUAUAUAUUUUUUAGCAACUAAGAUAAUUUGCAGUCUGUCUACUUUGAAUUGCACAUUUUCUCAUUUGAGCUGUCUCUCAAACACACAGAGAAACACUCCAAAAAAUGUCAGCUACACAGCCUGGCUACAAUAUCUACAGGGCUUCUAUGAUAUCGUAGCCUGAGAAAACAGCCAAAUUAAUAAUUUAUUGUAACAGGCAAGUUUCAUCGCGUUAACUUUCGUAAUCAUCACGCUGACGAUGACGGAUGUACUGUCGAAACAUGUUUGUUAAAAUUUAAAAAGUCACAUUAUUUUUGAAAAUGUACAUUGAUUUCAUCUUCUGGUCGUUUGAAAAGGCAGUAUAUUUUAAUAGGGUGUUUAAAAACACCCUGUUUCACUAGCAGAUUUUUAACUGAGUGAAACUGUCUUUUUGGUUCUGGUUUAUUUUUCCAGUUCCAAGAACAAAAUUAGUUAGAAUACUAAAAUAAACGUCCCUUCCCGAACUCAACUCCAAUCGAUCAUGUGCAUUAAAAAACUACAUUUGAAACUCUUUUUGUUUGCUGUCAUUUACAGGCAACUUAUAGAUACAAAAGACUUUUGCUUCAGUAAGUAAAACUGUUUAUUUACUUUCAAUAACAAGACAUUGAUUGAAAUAGUUGGCUUCCAGGUAUUGAAAUAUUAUGGAAAGCAGUGAAAAUUCCAGUGACAAUUCCGGUUGGAAUUGCAGAUGUCAAUGUGCCACAUGCCACAUUAGCAAAAGGAUUUAAGCUUAUCUAAGCUACCAUGCAAAAACCUGAUGCACAUGUACCUUCAAAACCAUCACGGUUUUCCGGGAUGUCAUACGUUUGUUUGUGCGUGUGUGUCCUUCUUUUCGUUUUCAUCGUCUUACUCCUGAAAGGCGACCACAGUUAGAACUUUAGCUAGUCCACCAUUGUUUAUUACAGCUGAGAAGCCUGGCCUCUUUUUGUGGUAGGCACUAUACGGUGGCCUUACAUAAAGUAAUUGCUUAACAAACCUGAUCUCUCGGCUUCUUGUAGGUUAUGUUUGAAAUCCCAGUAUUCAGGACACGUGAUGAUCUCGAGGGAAUUUGUCUUUUGUCUUUCCUUUAAUUUUAUGCACCACAUAUGCAUGAGGUCAUUUGAAAGAAACAGUGCUCUGGGGGUAGCAUCACAUGUUCUGUAAAGUUAUGGGUAAACAAAACAUACAGUACCCAAACAUACAAGCUAAAAGAUCUGUGGCCCAUGCUUUAUUAUGGAGGACAUUCCACCUCAAACAUAACACAUAGUAAAGUCAACAUGAGUUCUGUACAGUGGAAGGAGACAGUUUUAUAGUUGUGAUGUAGACUCGUGUUGAGCAACUUUAUGCCUGUAGUUUGGGGAAUUCCCUACAAAAAAUAUAUUCUGAAUAUGCAGGUGGCAACAGGAAAUGGCUAUGAGGCUUAAUGGUAAAAAUUACCAUCAAUUUUCAACAUGAAAUAUCUCUCAGUGUAGCUAGACGUAUGUAUUUGUAUGCAGUCAGGCUAGAGGUGAUGGUAACGAUGAUUUGUUUAACCCUUUAAGCACCAAUAUCCACAUACAAAUUCUCCAAACUGAUCUCUAUACAUUUCCUUAAAGAAUGAGUUGAGAGAAUUUGAUAAUAGACCAAGGCAUUUUCUCUUGUGUGAUCAUUUUAUUAAUUCUCAUAACUUAUCUCUUGACAGUGUACGGAUAUUGUUUGGAGAAAUUUGAUCUUGGUCACUAUUGGGACUUAAAGAGUUAAUAUGUGAUGUUUUAUCUAACCAGGUACUUUUGAACCAACGGAAACCAGAGACCUAAAGGCGGGUUUGCUUAAAAGUUUACUUGAUGAAGCCAAAAAGGAUAUAAGCGAACAGCCAGGGUUCAAUGUAAGAAACGCCAAUAUCUCCAAGCUAAAUGCAGAUGCUAUGAAAAGUAUUGAAAACAAGACGUAUCUUGCCUACUACCCUACAUCUCCCUUAGGUAAGAAUAGUAUUACUUAGAUGCUUGAACUAAUGAGUUUUAUUGGUCUGCCACACAAAAAUGCAAUGGUCAUCCUGUUUGCUGGCAUGUACGGGUUCUUUGAAGCCCCCUUCCCAGAGAUGCCAACCUCUGGAGAUCUAAAAUCUGGAGAUACUAUCUCUUGCACCUACUCUAGAUAGAUAAGAUUUCCUUACCACAGUGGAGGUGUACUUUAGGGAUUUUUGGGUGGGGAUGUGCUACUGGGGCCCUGGAACCCUUAGUCUAUAUCAGAGCUAGUUCAGCUGAAUUUUGCUACCCUACACUAAACUAAAUUCCCCAAAUUCCCCCCUAUCCUAGAGUAGCUGUUUUCCAGAAACUACUGAGGCCAGUAAAACAGUCCAGCCAGUGGCACAUACUUAGACAAGACAAGACAAUAUACUUUAUAUGGGGUCUUAUACCGGCUGGGGCAUUUAAAAUUGCAAUGUUCUAUGUUAUGUCUUCUACGUAUGGCAGUCAAUAGCUAUUGACUCAGAGACCAUGAGGGCAACUAGUGGUCUAUUAUCAAUGCUGCAUUCUGAUUGGUUGAGCUACUACUAGGCUAUAUGUUAUAGCCCACUAGUAAUGAAAAGCGCUGGCGUUGAAAACCAAAACAAUGGCGGCCGAAUCGCAUUUUGCUAGCUAAAGUUGUUUUGUUCCGAUAUUUUGGACCAACUAGUUGGAUUUUACUGAUAAUUAUUAUAAUUCUUCUCCUGAAAAUUAUAAUCAAAAUUCUCUAUUUUUUAGUAACAAAGCUUAUGACAACUGUGGUGGGUUUAACUGGGUUGAAGUUAGCACCAAGAAGUCUUUCUAGUAACAAGAGCUGGGCAUCUGGUGAUGAAAUGGCUAAAGAAGCUUCUGAAAGUGAUGAUUAUUUUGGAGGUAUGUGGCUGAAAGUAAAGUAAUCAGUAUUUUGUACAAAAACAAUCAUACUAUGGUACCGUAGUAUUACUCACCUGAUACUUACUUUCUAGUUGCCAGUUGUACAUGCACGUAUAUAGAAGCAACAUUUUUUAGGACUGGAAAAUUAAACAUUUUUUCUGAUCUGCCGACCUGCAGGACUUAAAGGUGCAGAAAGUUUGAAAAAAGGUGGUCCAAAAACUGACCUGUGAGGGACCACCUCCCUGAGGCAUCCGGUGACUUUUGGCACUUUUGGUGGUUGUUCAUUGGAAUUUUGAUUGCACUUAAAUCUGUUGCUCAUUUUGCUUUCAGCGUUUGAUUUUGCCAUAAGUGCAGAUGCCACUGAACUUCCUAAGCAAGUCAAAUACAGUCUGCGACUACCACAUGAGCAGGGUGGUAGUCGAAGCCGCUGGAGGACUGAAAAUACCUAUCCUAACUUCCAAGCUGUGGGACCAAGAAGUGACGACGAGGGGUGAGGAAAACAGAAUCACUAAUUAAACUUAGUGCAUGUAAAACUGUAGUUUUAUUCAAAUGAGACCUUAAUCUGCUGUCUGUUUUAAUUUGACAAAAUCAUCAGAAAUGUUUAUAAUAGUCUGACAGUACAGCUGAUUGGAAAAAGCUUAGAAAUCUCCUCAUUUUAAUAAUAAUUAUUAUUGAAUGACAAUUGCACUCCAUGAUUAACUCUUCAGCCACCUGUGGCUUAGCUUACGUGCAUCUUGGUUUAGUGCACUCUUGUCAUGGGUUCAAAUCCCAUUAACCCUUUAAGUCCCAAUAUCCACAUACAAAUUCUCCAAACUGAUCUCGAUAUAUUUCCUUAAAGAAUGAGUUGAGAGAAUUUGAUAAAAGAUCAAAGCAUUUUCUCUAAGGUGAUCAUUUUAUUAAUUCUCAUAACCUAAUCUCUUGACAUUGUAUGGAUAUUGUUAGGAGAAAAUUGAUGUUGGUCACUAUUGUGACUUUAAUAAAGGGUUAAGGACUCAAGGAUUUUACCCAUCAUGCGCUCAUGAUGUAUGACACAUACACUCGAUUCAAAUGUUAAAUCCGAUUGUAAACUUUGCAUAGAGCAUUUUCUAAUAUUUUUUUGUCUGUUAUUUUUUAGUUUUUGCUGUAGUGGGUAUAGAGAACGGUUUGUGCCAUUGCAGUAUGCAAUAGAUAUGGCAAUCAUUCUAGAGCAGUCUCACUUAACUCAACCAAUACCGCUCAAACUACAGGUGAGUACAGUUCGUAGGUAUCAUAACUAUUUUGAUCAAAUGAAAGGUGUGUCAAAUGUUUCUACGAAUAGCGAAUUCUACUUGCAUUUGAAGGUUCUUCAUUUAGUUGCUAUUGAGGGUCUCCUAAAGGGUUCUUCAAUCCGUUCAUCCCAACCCAAAUUUUUACCCAAUCCAGUAAAUAAUCACAUUAGUUAUUUUUGGCAUCUCACAUCUCUUGCAUACUUUUGAUCUUGAAUCUCGCCCCCAUUUGCUUUAAAAUUUUUAAUCCUGGCCUUCAGAUAGGGUAAAGCCAGCAUCCCAAAAAGGUGCAUGUACUUGUAGCCUUGGAAGUCCUAGAGUCUCAUUUCUAUUGCAAGGCUGAGGAAGUCUCAGAAUCCCAAUUUUAGUUGGGGAGGGACUAUUUUUAGUCUGAAAUGUCAACCAUCUCUUCGCCCCUUCAACCCUGCAAACACCUUUCCCCCCCAACACUGGGCAGCCAGGUGAGACUCACUCUCUCUCUCUCAUUGAUCAAACAUAUGGUUAACAAUACAUUUUCUUUUUCAGCAAUUUCCAUAUCCAAAAUACACUGAGAACUUCUUCAUACAGACAGUCCAGGGCCUUCUUCCUCUGCUCAUGACACUUGCAUUCAUGUACUCUGCCGUCAUGGUCAUAAAGGUCAGUUUUUCAAUAUUUAUGUAUUUUAAAGGGUGCUACAGAGAAGUCUGUGAUGGUAAUAAGACUCAUGUCAUUAUUGCUUCUUCUUGUUAUAGGAGCUUGUACAUGAGAAACAGAAUCGUCUGAAGGAGUCAAUGAAGAUGAUGGGAUUGGCAAACUGGAUUCACUGGACUGCUUGGUUUACUAAGAACUUGUUGUUCCUUCUCGUUUCCAUCAUCAUAGUCACUGCCUUGUUGAAGGUAAGUAAGCUGGAAGCCUUCAAUAACAUAACCCUUGAUGUCACAAAAGUGGCCAGCAUCAAUUUAACAAGUAGAUUCCUUGUUGCUGUGCAUCUGUUAAGUAAUAGGCUGAUUUAGCAACAGAACGGGAAGGUCAGUUGAUGACAGCAUGCGCAAAUCAAACAACUGGCUUGACCAAUGGUAGAUCGGAAAAUUGAGCACGGGAAGUCAUGUUUAGUCCCUUCCGCGCACUUUCCUGCCAUCAAUUAACGUUCCUGUUCUAUUGCUAAAUCAGCCUUAGUAUAUAGAUAACAGAUGACGUCAAAAAGUGGUAAAAACAAAGAAGUGGCACUCAAGCCGCAGGUGAGAGUGUCACUGAUGUUUCAACCACACUUUGACGUUUUCUGUGAACUAGUCCUGAAUAGACCCACGGCAACAUGGAAUUCGUUGACUUAACUGCACUGACCAGUCCCUCUUUGUUGUAUUGCAAAUUCACUACAAUUUUUUUUGUUUCAAAAGGGUGCUAAGAUAUUUCAAUUCUCAGAUGGUGGCCUCCUCUUUGUAUUUCUUCUCUUAUACAUCAUAGCCAGCAUUAUGUUCUGUUUUGCAAUAAGGUAAGGAUCAUGUCAUGUUUUUUUAGUUAAAUACUUUAAAAUUAUCCCCCCCUCCCCCCCACAAACUCCCUUACUGGGAUUUUCCGGGAUAAUGCAACCAAUAAUUCCAUAAACAUGGUUAACAAUCCUAACUGGUAGGAGGUGAAUCGGUUGGCUGUUUUACAAGUGUGACUGAGCAUUUGAAGUCCGGACUAACAAGAACAAAUCCAGUUGGCAGUCAGGGCAGGAUUUGGGGCCUCUGGAUUUUAAGUGCAGCACUCUAACUAUUUGGCCCACACUGCCUCUUCCAUUGUCUUUGAUUUCUGCUUGGGCUGGAAAUGUUUUAGUUUCUUUGUAAGUGUUAAAAUUGAUUAAAAAAUGGAACAAACAGUGUUUCAAGAGGGUGACACUUAACAGCUCCAAGGACUGGCUAACCUUUGGCCUUAUAAGUGUCUCCAACUAUUUAGGGCCACUUUAGUGACCUUAUUGGACUUAAGAAUGUUGGAUUUUGUGGAGAGAGGAAACCCAGAGUACCCUGUAAAAAACCUCUUUCAGCAAGAAAAGAACCAGCAACAAACUCAACCCAUCCCAUCCCACAUGACAUUGGUGCCAAGACUCGAAACCUGGGCGAGUGCUCUCACCGGUGUGCCAUCCCUGUGCCCCUAAAUGGAUUUUGGAUACCUAGAUCAUAUCUUUUUAUUUCAUUUUGAUUUCAUUCGCAGUGUAUUUUUCUCGAGGCCAGUGGUUGGCAUGCUGUUUGGAGCAGUCUUGUGGUACUGCUCUCUUGUUCCUUUCCAGACAUUUUCUCAGCAGGAGGCUUAUGAGGCUUUGUCAAGGUAUAAGAAUCUUUUUUUUUUAUCAUCUUGAUCAAUACCAAUGUCAAUAUCAUCAUCAACAUAUUCAGCAUUAUUUGUCACAAUUCUGCCAUCAUUAUCAUCGCCAUCACAAACAUCACCAUCAUCAUCAUUAUCAAUAUGAUCAUCAUCAUGCAGUCAUUGCCAUUGCCAUCAUCAUCAUCAUCAUUUAUACUUAAUAUACCAGUCGUUACUUAAGGUGCAGAUAAAAGCCUUCCUUUCCAGUCUGAUGGGCCUGCAAUAUGUGAGUUUUUCUUUUUCUUGCUAACUCUACUUGCACCGAUCAUAAUAAGCUCCCAUCUGUGUCUCCAGAUCUUACGAAGUCAAAGCUAUUAGAACAGGAGGCAUUUGCCCUUAUUGAAAAAAAAAACACCCAGGAUCUGAAUGGAUUUAGACCCUUGCCCUCCUCUCCCCUAACUCAACAUUUUGCCCUAAGUGAGAAGUUAGUGUUUAUGCUGGGUCAUGGGAAGGGUACAUGGGGAGUUUACCAGAAUCUUAUACUGAUCCCACUUUUGUCUUUUUUCUUUUCGUUUUUAUUGCAGGGCAGAGAAGGCUGCUUCUUGUCUUUUGCCCAACACUUGCCUUGGAAUUGCAACAUACAUCAUUGCAAGGUUUGAGAGCAAUGAAGUUGGUUUGACCUGGGAUAAGGUAUCAGCCUCACCAACUCCUGAAGAUGACUUCAGCUUCUCCAUGGUCUUAGGAAUGUUUAUUGUACAGAGCAUCAUAUAUGGAAUCAUCGCGUGGUAUGUUAUUUUGUAUACUUUACGUUACAGUUCAACUUGAUCAUAUGGCCACCCAAAGGGUAGCCUGCAAAUACAGCUGUGUCUCAUUACUCCUGGCCACUUAGGACUUUUCACGGGGGAGAGACAUCUACACCCUAAUGACAGAAAUUACAUAGUGGUGACAUAAAUCAAUGUUUACAUAACUAAUUUGGUAAUCACCCUAACCUUAGGAGAUUCUGGCAGAUUUUGGCUUCAGUAUAGCACUUCUUUUGUUGAGGCACAAAUGUCUUUCCAGCGAAACCUCCCUAGUGCUGAGAAGCGAGGAGAGACGACUGUAUGCACAGGCUACCCAAAGGUUGAAAAGAGUAAAAAGUCCUUAUUUUAUGUCUGUAGCUCAAAAUAGUCAUCAUCUCACUGACAAACCUGAGACUGACAGCGUACUCUUUCUGCCCCUCCUCUCAAGACCAUCUGUUUAUGAGUUAACCUUAAAGUAUCUGACUGACUUCAGGUAUGUUGAGGCAGUAUUUCCCGGCAGCUAUGGCAUUCCCAGACCGUUUUACUUUCCAUUCACCAAGAGCUAUUGGUGUGGAACAUCCAGUGAUGAUGUGAUUGAUGUUCGAGCAGAACAGGUAGGGAGUUUAUCACUAUCAUUAUCAUGACAUGACCUACGAAAAAAAAAAGGUCACAACAAUCGUUUACAGCCUUUCCACUCAUCAUCACCAUAAUCAUCUUCACUAUCAUCAUCAUCAUCAUCAUUCAUCAUCAUUUCCACCAUUACUGUCGUCAUCAUCAUUACCACCACCAUGAUCACGAUCAUCAUUAUCCUCAUCUACCACCACCACCACCAUCGUCAUCAUUGUUAUCAUCAUUUACCAAAACCACCACCAUCAUCAUUAUUAUCAUCACCUACCACCAUCAUUAUCAUCUACCGCCACCACCACCAUCAUCAUCAUCAUCAAGUACCUCCACCACCAUCAUCAUCAUCAUCACAUACCACCACCACCACCACCACCACCAUCAUCACCACCAUCAUCACCAUCAUUAUCAUCACCUACCACCAUCACCACCACCAUCAUUAUCAUCUACCACCACCACCACCACCACAACCAUCAUUAUCAUCAUCAUUAUCAUCAUUUACCACCACCACCACCAUCAUCACUAUUAUCAUCACAUACCACCAUCACCACCACCAUCAUCAUCAUCGUUAUCAUCAUUAUUAUCAUCAUUUACCACCACCAGCACUGUCAUCAUUAUUAUCUUCACCUACCACCAUCACCACCACCACCAUCAUCGUUAUCAUCAUUAUUAUCAUCAUUUACCACCACCACCACCAUCAUCAUCGUCAUCAUUAUCAUCAUCUACCACCACUACAUCCAUCAUUUCCACCACUGUCAUACCACCACCACCAUCAUCGUCAUCAUCAUUAUUAUCAUCAUUUACCACCACCACCACCAUCAUCAUCGUCAUCAUCAUCAUCAUCUACCACCACCACCACCAUUUCAUCAUCAUCUACCACCACCACCAUCAUCAUCAUCAUCAUAUCUUCCAACACCAUCAUCAUCAUCAUCAUCAUUAUUCUUUUCACCAUCCGUAUCAUCAUCAAUGUUAUCAUCUAUUGUUGCAGUAAAGUUCUUUGACUCCUCCUGUUAUUGCUUGGUCUUUGUUAUUUAGGAAAUGAACCCAGUAGAAAGGUCAGACAACCCUGAUAUUGAAGAUGAAACUCAUGACCUGCCAGUUGGUGUUGGCAUCAAAGAUCUCAGGAAGGUGUUCAAGGUAAACAACCACAACAACAACAGAGUUGUGUUGGUCAAAUUUUCUGGUAAGCUAUCAUUUGACAUGGACUAACAGUAGCUGUUUGUCCUUUUUAGGGUUCAGCUGGCUCUAAAGUCGCCGUAGAUGGAUUGUCACUUCAAAUGUUCAAAGGACAAAUCACAGCUUUGCUGGGCCACAAUGGUGCUGGUAAAACAACAACCAUGUCAAUUCUCACUGGUCUCUUUCCUCCAACUUCUGGUUCAGCUCACAUAAAUGGCAAGAGUAUAUUGACAGAUAUGGAUGCCAUCCGAGAGAGCCUGGGACUGUGUCCUCAGCAUAAUGUUCUAUUUGACAGGCUAACAGUUAAAGAACAUUUGGAAUUCUUCAUCAACUUGAAGGUAGUUUCAUCUUGAUGUAUACCAUAUUUAUUUGAUCAAGUGGGGUUUUGAUGUGAUGUUUAUUCGAGGGUGGCAUUUGGUUUGAAAUCACAUUUCUUAAUUCACUCUGAUCAAUGACAAAAAUUACAAUAAAAGAAUAGAAAGAAGGUUAUGUGUCGCUGAGGUAGAAGUGAAUUUUAAUUGUCUGGAUGUUGUACUUAACCAAGUUUUUCUGGACCGAGGUUUUUCAUGUAAACCUUGAAGAAAGGACGCAUUGAGGCGUUUUUUCAUGGGCAGUGUUUUUAAUUGGUAAUUUUUCUUCCAACUCAGGCAUUUAAUCAAGUAAAUAUGGUAAAUUGUAUAGAGUUUCUAAAUGAAUUCUUCCGUUUGUGACCUCUGGUGUAAAUGUUGGAACUUAACUUUCUCCCUGCUUCUCCUCUCUCCAGUUCCUGAUCAUCUUUCUUUUGCACAUCCUCUUAUUUGAACUUUCUGCAUACUCUAAGUUAGGCCAAAUGUGUGAGAUGUUAAUCGUUUUGUUCUGCAACACAGCAUUUGUCCUCAUGAACACUUAUAGCCAUUUCUCUAAUAGAAAGGCCCAGUUUACAUAAGUUGACUUGGGCCAUCUAACCGGAUAAAUCAUUGUCCUGUGAAUAAGUUUUAAGGAACCAGUUGUAAUAUUCAGUGGGUUGAGAUUUAUCCACGUUUUCAUCAAGUGAUCAAUGGUAAUGAGUGACCAUCGAAGUACAGAGCUGGAUUUAAAUUAGUUAUUUAUUGUUUUUUACUCCUUAGGGCACAUUUGGCGAGCAAGCUCAAAUGGAAGUACUUCAGAUGAUCAAUGAUAUCCAACUCACUGAUAAAAUGAACUGGUCCUCAUCUAAACUUUCAGGUGGAAUGAAGCGAAAAUUGAGGUAAUUCUUCAAGGCUGUUUUACAUCCUUAAAUUGCACGCAUAAACAGUCGGAAAUUUCAGGUGAUUUAUCAUAUCUAAGUUGCCCCAAAUUCGACUUUGACAGAAGUUUAGUGCCACUUCGCAGCUGUUUUCAAGUUCUAUCCGCCAUGUUUGCUUAUGAGCAACGCACAUAAACUUAUCAUUACAAACAAUAAAAAUAUCACUUUUUGUAAAAUGAGAGACAGAUCGAGUCUCUGUUGCGACAAAUCAAGCAGCAUUGCUUAUAAACUUGAAAGAAUUUGAAGUCAUGAAAUUAUUUGAAGAAAUCCCCUCCUCCCCCCAUGCAAUGAAUGGUGCUGUCAGAAUUUUCAUCUCUAUUAAGGACGCCUUUUUUGUAUAUAUAUUUUUUUCAGUUGUGCUAUUGCUCUCAUUGGAGGGUCACAAACUGUGUUCUUGGAUGAGCCCACCUCUGGAAUGGACCCUUAUGCCAGGAGAGGAACCUGGGACUUGCUACUAAAACACAAAGCUGGAAAGACCAUUAUCUUGACUACCCACUUCAUGUAAGCUUCACUUGCUUUUGAACGACUAAUGCAGUGUCUAAUGUGUAUUUUUAUUAGCGAUAAGUUUUAUUAUAAUGAAAUUUUAUGACCAUUCAAUGCUUGCAUGCCUCACUAAGACCAUGUCAUGUAAAAGCCCACGUUCACCCCAGAUGCACUGCUCGGCGAGGAACAGUUUUUGAAACAAGAAACCCUCUACGCUGCAGAAACAGUCGAAAAAUCUAUCUGUUAAAGGUGGACUUUAAAGCACAUUUAAAUCAUUUGAAAUUCUCUCGGGAGUGAGAAAUUGUUCUAACAGAAAACAGGACUUUGAGAUGUGUACCUUGUUCAUAAUUAACAAGAUGUUAAUUCUAUUAGUCAUAAACAGACUCUCCAUUUAAGACAAUAACAGCCUUUAGACUUGCUAGUGUGUAUUUCUUUCUUGUUAUUUGCCACUUUAGAACCAAAAAGGAAAGUGUGUCAAGUUAACUUUCGCAAAGUCUUCUGGGAAAGGGAAAAUUAGCCAAUAGCUGACUGGCGCGUCCCCAGUAACGAUCCCUGAAAAAAGUUGCUGUACUCAUCUAGGCUCCAAUUCCUUUAUUUUUUCUGAGGAGGCGAAGGUAGUAGUGCUAUCAUAAAAGAGCAUUGUGGGUAAUUAUUAUCAAUGUGACUUUAUUACUGACACAUUUUAAGGGAUGAAGCAGAUUUUCUUGGUGACCGGAUUGCUAUCAUGGCUGACGGACAGCUGAGAUGCUGUGGAAGUUCCUUGUUCUUAAAGAGCAGGUACGAGUUGGGGAUUCUUAUGACUCACCGUAUUUUUCUUCUAGCCUAAGGCCCUGUUCACAGUAAUGUGUUUACGUGUCAUAGAAACCGUAUUGGUCACUAGCGUUUUUGAUGCGUUUUCGACUGCCAUACUAACUUGUUCAAAACCGAUAGCCCCAAUUGAAAUAUUGUCUCGUCUUGUAUUGACGGAAGAAAUCUCAAGGUAAAAUUGAUUUUGGCUUUUCGAAACAUUGCAAUUUUGAAUUUUGGCAUUUACAAUAAUAUUGGAAUUUUGAAUUUUCGCUUUUCCAAAGAUUGAAAUUCUGAAUUUUGACUUUUCCAAACAUUGGAAUUCUGGUUUUGGGGUUUUCCAAACAUUGGAAUUCUAAAUUUUGGCUUUUCCAAACAUUGGAAUUCUGAAUUUUGGUUUUUCCAAACAUUGGAAUUCUGAACUUUGGCUUUUCCAAACAUUGGAAGUCUGAAUUUUUGGCUUUUCCAAACAUUGGAAUUCUAAAUUUUGGCUUUUCCAAAGAAUGGAAUAACGCUUACUUAUUAGAUAUGAUAUUUAUUGCACACAUACUCAACAGAUAUGGGACUUAUUUCACCCUCACUCAUCAGAUAUGGAAUUUAUUUCUCUUUUAUAAAAUAUGUAACUUAUUUCACACUUACUUAUCAGACAUGGAAUUUAUUUCGCAUUUGCACGUAGGUAUGGUGUUGGAUACCACUUGACGCUAGUAAAGAAGGAGGAAUGUAAUCAAAAUUCAGUGACAAGUUUGAUCGUCAAUCACGUGCCAGACGCUCAGCUGCUCAGUAGCGUGGGUGCUGAAAUGGAGUUUGUCCUGAGCAGUGAGCAUUCCAAUGGCUUCGAGACUCUCUUCCAGGAAAUAGAAAGUAAGUUGCAGUCUCGAAAAAGUCAUUUAUUAGAGACCUUAAGAUUCUAAGACGAGAAAGACUACGAGUACGAGAUUUUCUCAAUACUAGGUAGUGCUCGCGCGUGAGGUAGCGUCAUUUUGGCGGGAAAAAGUGGUAGCGGUCGUUAUUCUAUUACGAGUUUUAAGAAGAGCGAGAACAAGUUAUCAAAUGUUAGACGUUUUAGCAUUUUGCAAUCGGGAAGGUCUUAACCUCCUUCAAUGACGAUAACAGUGCUAACUUUUCUGGUGAAAAAAAGAACAAUGAAAAAUUCCGGGACUUCUAGUUUUUGACAAUACGCGAAAAAACUUUAAAUCAAAUCUCGUGCUCGUAGUCGUUCUCGUCGUGGAAUCUAGUUUUCGACAAUACGCGAAAAAACUUUGAAUCAAAUCUCGUACUCGUAGUCGUUCUCGUCGUGGAAUCUAAAGGUCUCUAUUUAUUAAGAGACCUCCGUUAGAUUCUAAGACGAGGAGGACUAAGAGAACGAGAUUUUCUCAAUACAUGUACUAUUAAUAGUGCGCACGCGUGAACCCGCGUCAUUUUAGCGGGAAAAAGCGAUAACCAUCGGCAGUCUAUUACGGGUUUUAAUGAGAAUGUCGUAGUGACGGAAACAGGUUAUCAACGGAGGAAGCUUAAACUACUUUAAUAACAAAAAAAGGCAAAAUGAAGCCUUCCGGAUUGUCUAUUUUUUGAGAAUAUGCGAAAAAACGUUUAGUCUAAUCUCGUGACCGAAUCUAAAAGUCUCCAAUACACUCUUUUUUUUUGUAAGAACAUAUUUUAUAAGAAUAUCGAGGCUGAAAUUUGCGACAUUUUAAGAAUAUUGUAAGAAUAAAGCCGAGGCUGAGAUUUUGAAAAGGAUAGAUAUAAUUUUGUGUGUUGAAACAUCUGUAAAUACAAUACAAUUUUAUGUUUUUAACUUAACCGUAGAAAAAUUAUUCCUUUCUCUGAACGGCGAAACUAGCCAACAAAACGAAAAAACCUGGACUAGCUAUAGCAAAUGACAGUUCGAUGAACGGUACAUGUAAUACAUAUGAACAGUAUUCAGCACAGAUCUAGGGUACUCCCAUACAUUACCUAUACGGGUAUGUGCCGCCCAAAGGGGUCGUGAUUUUGAAGCUCCUGAUUUAGAACGGGGUAUCCAUUUCAGACGCGUUUUCUAGAACGGGGUAUAAUAUUUCAAACGCACAAAAACUCCACUUUUGUAAGCAGCCAUUUGAAAUUAUUCAAGGACAGAUUGCUUUUAAAAAUACUGUUCAAUGCGUUAACAAGCAAACUGUUGUACUCUUCAGUUGCACCCUAGAACGGAGUAUAAAAAAUUGGCCCAUUUCUAGAACGGGGUAUCAGUUUUAGGUCGAAUUCUAGAACAAGGUAUAAAAAAUUGGCCCAUUUCUAAAACGGGGUAUCAAUUUUAGGGGAAUUCUUUUUUAGAAGGGGGUGCCAAUUUGGAGUCCCGGGCGGCACAUACCCACCCAAAAAAUACCCAAGUGCCCCCGGGAGAUCUAGAUACCAAACACUUGUAAUUGAUACCCCAAUAAAUUCUAAAACGGAAAUGUCAUAAGCUAUAUAUAAUUUAAGAAUAAUACAAGAAUAUUUUCAGCCUAAAAUCGGCAGAAAAAUAAGAAUAUUCAGUCUGGGCCGGAAAAACAACAGUCUUAUAUAUCGAUGAGAACCAGAACUGUGAAUGUGAAUUGUGUUUCACUAUAUUGUAUAUUACUUGCAAAAUAAAAGAAAAGAAAAAUGAAAUUCCUAGCUUUAAAAUAGCAUUCAGAACUGACCAACCACAAGAGAUCCUUGCAAGAGCUCUUACAAGGGUUGUUCUUGUUGCAUCAUUUUACCCUCCAGAUAAGAUGGAAGAAUAUGGAAUUGCUAGCUUUGGAGUGUCGGUUACAACAUUGGAAGAAGUCUUUAUGAAGGUCGGAGAAGGGGCCGAGAAAACUGUGGAUGAUUUGUAAGUGACGCUGGUUGACUUCCUACCACUUCUUUUUGGAUGGUUUUCUUUUACUUGAAACAACGAACUAAAAAGAAAAUUUGCGCAACAGGAAGGGAGAGGGAAGAAGACGCAAACCUUGUGUGUCAAGCGUGACAAAAAUUUUGUUUGAAAAAAACUUUCCGUCAAUUUUCCCCUUCCUUUAAACACACCAUUUUUUAAAAGACCAGAAAUCGUUAAUUUUAAGUAAAGAUCACGACAAAACACGCAAGUAAUAGCCCUGUCAUGUUUGUCACACACAGACGUUUUGCCACUGUUAAACUCAUUGGUUAACUAUUGUAUUUCUAGAGCCCAUGAUCACAAUAUCGCAGGCCAAGAAGCUCAACAAAUUGUAAAGAUUGCUGAAGUUGAAGAUCCUAAGGGAGGAGGUAGAGUAUUCGGCGUGUUUUCGUCCCCAGGGCUUUGCCCCAUUGUACAAAAGGUGGGGGACGGAAGCUUUGCUAGAAUUAGUUGCAAGUGGUUUUACCAUCGCUUACAGUGUUUCUAGAGACUGCAUAUGUAAUCUUUAGAAUUUUUUUUAAUCCUCUUUUUUGGACCCCUUUCAUACUAAAGGCAAACACAUACGUGGCGUUAAUGACAUUCUGAUAGUUAAGCCAUCGAGUGAUGGUUUAUGAUUAACCGGUAUUAUUUUCUUUUCUUUCUGCUAGGGCUACAAACAGGCUUUAGUUUGAAAUGGCAGCAGUACAAAGCUAUGUUUUUGAAAAGGUUCCUCAAUUCCAAGCGUGAUAAGAAGGCCAUCAUUACUCAACUCGUUCUUCCUCUUCUUAUGGUCUUGUUUGGUUUGUUACUUAUCACAUCAAUUCCCACUCGAACGAACGAUCCGCCACGUGUUCUGAAGCUCUCUAAUUUGAGCGUUGAUGACGUUUUCACCAAAGCAUUCUUUGCAGACUACAGGAACGUAAGCUCUGAUGUAAAGCAAGGAACCUUGAAGGUACCCAAUGUAGCUCUGGGCAGUAUUUAUUUUUUAUUUUUUUAGUUUAUUUGUUUAGUCACUUUCAUUACAUGACAUUAAACAAACUGAACAAAAGUUGUUAAUUAAAUUGUGAGCAAAUAUGAGAAGGAAGCCUUUAGCUAGAUUACUAAUUACAUGCUUUAGUACAGAGUAUACAGAAAACAUAAAGCCUUAGCGUCAGAACGACUAUCAAUGCGAUAGUUUUUCAGAUUAAAAAACAUAUGUUAAAAAAGGAAGAAGGGCUGUCAGUGAAAUAGGCAACAAAUUCCUCUUUUUUGUUGUUCAGUUUCCUUACUCUUGUUUUUUCUCAACGCUUUGCUACUCAUCUUCUCCAUUAUUAGAAAAAUCUCAACUGGAAUCUGCUUGAUUUGACAAGGAAUUCGUUCGUCUGAUGAAAAUGUCAAAGAGAGUAUCGGCAGCGCGGUUUCACGCACCUGACUCUCCGAUGCCCGACACCUAGUAAUACUUAAAACGUUCUUAUCACUUUAUCUUUCUGAAAACGUUUCCAGACUGGAAAACAAAGGCUCAUAUAUAGGGCCAUCAACCACGAAACAAUUCACGCGAAGUCCUAACAAGAGAUAUUAGGCUGAUUUAGCAACAGGACGGGAACGUCAGUUGACGACGGGAAAGCGCGCGGAAAGGACUAAACACGACUUCCGGUGCCCAAUUUGCCGCUCUGCCAUUGGUCAAGCCACCUGUUUAAUUUGCGCGCGCCGUCGUCAACUGACGUUCCCGGUCUGUUGCUAAAUCAACCUAUUGACACCCUCUUCAUGACAAAUUCAGGAAAAAAAAACGAAAAUUACGGUUGCCCUUGUUUACGACUAACGGUUAAAAAAUUUUCCAUUUUACGCCUAACGACUAAAAUAUUUGACAAUGCUGUCCACUCAGAGAGUUCAUUUUGGAUGUCACCGGCAGGGGGCGAUGAGAAGUUUGUGUCUUUGCAGGCUAGUUUUAAAAGUGAACCUAAAAAUAAAAGUUUGUUUUAUUUCGCAGAACGCUAGCAACUACCUCAAGAGUGUUAAGGUAGACGUACUGGACAUCACGUCGAAAGUGUAUAACAUCCGUGAUGGUAACCAAGGCAACAAUAUAACAGUCAGAAACGUGUUCACCCAAUAUGAUAAUGAAUCUAAAGCAUGCUGCAACUAUGAGUUCUACGUGCUCAAUUCCAACUGCAAGUCUCUUGUGAGUAGCUAUCAACACACAAAAUCUCCUUACUGGCCCUAUAAGAUUCUCAUAGCGUAAGUUGGAAGAAAUAGGGAGCUUAAGCAACGAAGACGGCGACGGCAACGGCAACGAGAACGGCAAAUAAGCACUAGUUUUAGAUUGACACAACAACAACGUUGCACGUGUUGUUUGUACAUUUUUUUCCGAUACUGCACGACUAUGACGUGAAACGUCCUAGUUUUACGUUUUAUGGAGGACGUGAACAAAAUUUUCACUUUCUUUUUCUAAACUUAGAUACAGUCCUUCAGAAUCAACUACAGAAAAAUUCCCCAACACUUGACAAUUUUAUAUGAAAUGGAGAAAUAGUAAUAAAGUUUGAAACGCGCGAAUUCACUUUUUGAGUGACGUUCUCGUCGUAAUUGUUUAAGCUCCCUACUUUCGACUUGAACAAAACCUAAAUCUUCCUUGCGAAAAAUCAAGAGUUCAUUCACUGUAAUGUAAAAUUUGCAUGUGUCCAUUUUUUCACGAGUUGCACAUGAUUAAUUUCAUCUCAUUUGUACUUCUUAGUUCAUCAGUCAGGAUCUUAAGCCAGAUCAAUGUUCAGAUUUUAACUUCGGCUACAAGGAUUGCCCCAAAUGCAUUCUUGCCAACUUGUAAGUAUUAUUUAUUAUUAUUCCUUUUCGUAAGGGAAUAGAUCACGUGUAGAUCCAUUCCAAGUAUGUAAUAGGAACGUUUGGCUCUUUUCUGAAAAUAUAGAAAUCCAAGUUGGUGGCCAUUUUGGCUUCAUGACGUAACUCUUGUGCUGUUUGAAGUCAUUACGCCCCCUGGCCUUAAGAUAUUCUUGAAGUUGUAACGUCUGGGGUGGUGAAGGGGGUUGAAGGCAAACCACACUCCACCUUCAACCCAUAGCCAUGGAAGAAUUUACACCCUACCCAGUGGCGGAUCAAGAAGAGGCCCGCCCCCCUUUAUUUUUAGACCAAACUGAGGCCCGAGACCGCCCCCCUCGCCCCCCCCUUAUCUGAAGGUCUGCAACCCAAUCCCCAACCAACAGUCCUAGCAGACUUUCCACCCUACCCCACUUGCACUUUUUAUGCCCUUUUUAUUUGAGUGUCAACAAACAGUCUAAUUGGGGACACCAGACGUCCUACUGGGGACGGGACCCAUUUUACGUCAUCCGAACCACUCCCAACCGUUUAAGUCAGUUAGUUUAAAACCCUUUCGGGAAUCGAACCCGCGACCUCCCGCUCUGCAGUCAAGCUCUGAACCGACUGAGCUAAUCCUGCCGCGGUCAACAACAAAUUUUUCCUUACCCCCUUAAAGUCCUAGAAAACUUUCCACCUUUCAGUGAACUGAAUAGGAAAAAUUGACGACGAAAUUGACAACUUGCUCAGCAGUUGGGUGCCCUGGUACUAACCUGAAAGAUCUCAACACUUACUUCUCUGAAUAUGUCCUCGAAGAAAGCAACGCCUCAGACUACUUCAACGUGUAUGUUGCCGGAUUCUCAUUAGCACCCCAGAUUCCGCCUAUGUCUGCCAACAUGUCGAACAUGUCGCUGCCUUCGAACAUGACGAACAACAAGGGAAUGAUUCCAGCCGAGAAGAGGCCAGACACAGAAACCACACUCUGGUACAGUAACGAGGUA